AUCGAUCCGAUUAUUCUGCAGAUACCCCCGCGGCCUUGAUGGCGAGUCCGAUCAACCCAGCACAUGUGGAUUUCAUGCAGGUGGAUCUUCGUCGCCGGUCUAAAGGUGGAUGUGUCGAUUGCAAAGCAGCCAAAGUGCGAUGCGACGAGGCCCGCCCGUCCUGCGGCACUUGUGCUCGUCGGCACCGUCAGUGUCGAGGAUACAGCGCUCUUCCCGAUGUGACGGAAAAGAAGCCAAAGUUCAUAUUCUAUCACCCUGCCGAUGGCAGAAGCCGGCGCUCGGCCGAGAUGUCGGAUGCGCAACUCGACGCCCAGACUCCGGCAUCGGAGGCUGCCAGUAGUAGCAACAAUACAGUGGAUGAACGUGAAGAAAGUGUCGACCCAUCCGCCUUGCCUGGCGGCUCCAUGGCGAUGGAUUCGACUCUCCCGUACGAGACAAUGCCGUCUUUUCCUUUCAUACCCCCAUCAGUCCCUACCAUCCCGCCCGGUGCGAUUUCGGCCGACGACGCGGAAACCCUCAGUCUGUACUUCAACCGGCACCCUUUCGAGCAAGUGAUCAGCCUGGAGUUUGUGGAUGAGAUGAACGCCUCGACAUGGAUGGUCUUCCAAGACAGUCCCCAGGCGGUGGCGGAGGCCCUCUGCUCGAUUGGGUCUGUCUAUCUCGAAGACAACAGCCGAGAUGGUGCUCUCCUCCCGCUGACUCUCGCCCGACGGGCACGAACCCUGGCGACUCUGAAGGUCAAAGACCCGAGCCGUGAGCUGGAGCAGAUGCUGCUUAUGGCGUUAGCCCUGGGCGCGAUGGAGGGGAUCGACAGGCGAUGUCAGCCUCACGAGCGGACAUCCUCCAUUCUCAUUGCCUAUGCGGCCUCCAUCAUCAACCGGUAUAUCGAAUCCGGUCUUGUCCUGAGCUCGCUGGCCAAGUAUUUCAUUCGCGCCCUCGCCCGCCAUGACAUGAUCAUCUCGUUGAGCCACCUUCGCCGGAACUCCAUCCGGACGGACAUCUGGCUUGACGAGAACAACCACAGCCCCGACCGAUUCAUGGGGUCCACCACGACGCUGAUGCCGCUUCUGGAAGAGCUGUGUGGCCUUGCAGAAGACAUUCAACGGCACGCAACCCCCAUCGGCCCGGCCGAGACCUCGUUAUUCACGCGCAGGGCCGACGGGCUGCGCUCGCGCAUCCAGGCCUGGCAAUGCGUCUCUGCGGCAUGGUCGGCGCGACUCCUGGCGCACGCCCAUGCAUACCGGGCCGCCGCGCUGCUCAUGCUCUUCCGCCUGCUCCAUGGCGCCGGGAGCUCGGUGGAAAGCGACCAGACGGCGCUGGAGAUGGCCAGAGAGGUGAUGAGGUACUUGAAGAGGCCGCCGGAAGACCUCCGGCUCUGCACCUGGCCGGCGCUGAUUGCCAGCUGUGAGCUGCGGGAGGAAGAGGAUCGCACCGAGGCCAUGAAUGUGUUCCACAGCAUAUACAGCGUCCGGAGGACCUCCACCUCGCUCCAGACUUUGAAGUUUGUCACAGACAGGGUCUGGCGGGCCAGAGACGAAGGCGCCGUCUGGAAUUGGAUGGCUUUGAGCCAGCAGUUUCCAGGCGAGUGUGUUCCCAUCUGAGACAGACAUAUAGACAGUAAUAUCAUUCACUUGCUAUCAAGUAUAUAUCGGGUUUAAUAUAUCAGUUACAUC